CUCCCACUUUGCAGUAAAGCCAUUUCAUCAUCGUUCGCUGGUUUGGGAGCCUAGCAGGACCCGAGAUUCCUUGAGGAGCACAGGGUUGAGGUUUGAGUCAAGAAAAUGCAUUUGUUGGACCCGGUUACGGAGUCAGGCCCGAUCCUCAGGAAAAACAGAUCAGAGGCUGCAAAUCGGGAGCGUUCUUCCACGGGAACGACCAUGGAUAAAAGUGAGCUGGUACAGAAGGCCAAACUUGCCGAGCAGGCUGAGCGCUAUGACGACAUGGCCGCAGCCAUGAAGGCCGUCACGGAACAGGGGCACGAACUCUCCAACGAGGAGAGAAAUCUGCUCUCUGUCGCCUACAAGAACGUGGUGGGCGCCCGCCGCUCCUCCUGGCGCGUCAUCUCCAGCAUUGAGCAGAAAACAGAGAGGAAUGAGAAGAAGCAGCAGAUGGGCAAAGAGUACCGGGAGAAGAUCGAGGCCGAGCUGCAGGACAUCUGCAAUGACGUUCUGGAGCUGUUGGACAAAUAUCUUAUUCCCAAUGCUACACAACCGGAAAGCAAGGUGUUCUACUUGAAAAUGAAAGGCGAUUAUUUUAGAUAUCUUUCUGAGGUGGCAUCUGGGGAUAAUAAACAAACCACUGUGUCGAACUCCCAGCAGGCUUACCAGGAAGCGUUUGAAAUUAGUAAGAAAGAAAUGCAGCCUACACACCCAAUUCGACUUGGCCUGGCACUGAAUUUCUCAGUCUUCUACUAUGAGAUUCUAAACUCUCCUGAAAAGGCUUGCAGCCUGGCAAAAACGGCAUUCGAUGAAGCAAUUGCUGAGUUGGAUACGCUGAACGAGGAGUCUUACAAAGAUAGCACCCUAAUCAUGCAGCUGCUUAGGGACAAUCUCACUCUGUGGACGUCGGAAAACCAGGGAGAUGAAGGAGAUGCUGGGGAGGGAGAGAACUAAUGUCUGUUGUGCUUCGUGAUCUGUUCAGUGUCACUCUGUACCCUCCACAUAUAUCCCUUUGUGCGAUAAAAAAAAAAAAAAAAAAAAAAAAAAAGUCGUACGUCGACUUUCAAUUUUUCACAGCCUCAGCCUAGCAAAAUGGUCCAUGGGAUAAACAGCUGGUGUGUGUAUCUAAAACUCAGAUUGGUCACAUAAAUGCCACGGCAUUCUGAAGUUUUGAUUUUGAUUAACAUUGACAGGAUUACUGUGUGCUGAAUUUUUUUUUUUAACUGAACACUGUGAUUAUGGGGUUUUGUAACUUAGCAGAACUCUUACUGGUAGAAAAACUAGACCUAAAUUAUGUGUAACUUUUUGGAAAGUUUAAACUGAUAAUCAAAUUAGUCACGGAAAUAACAGUUCCAUUGUAAAGUUGUACAGAAAGUUAUAGAGAUUAUAUUGUGACGCUGGGACGCAGAGUGAGACCCCUUCCUGUGACAGCAACCCACAGUAGUUCUGCCUGUUUUGGGGGGGGAAGUACAGACACUUGGCCAGUUUGAGCUGUUGCCACUCAAAAGUUCAUGACUGCAGAUGUCCACAGUGUCUUCCUCUCCGUAAACUCGAAGCCUAAAAUGGAAACUCUUUGUGGCAGAUAAUUGGGUUUUGACACCGUGAAAAGGCCCAGUGCUCCUAGACCCCGUGACUAACACCCCUUUCCCACAGCCAUCUUACUGAUUUGCAACUUGGGCUCCAUUAGUGGAAUCUGUUUUCCUUGUAACCAAGACCUAAAGAAGAGAAAAGCCGUGUAUCUUAUGAAUGGCCUUAUCUGUUUCCUGGGUAAUACCUUUCAGAGUCAUGUUCUGUAGAGAUUGCCUUUCACUUAAGAAGUACUCAAGUCUUUGGGUGCUUCCUAGCUUGGGGCUUUUAAAUUUUGAAAUCGAGACAUUCUUCCCACUGUCCUUUUUGACUGUUGACCUUGGUUUUUCUUUUCCCUCUUGAAGUGUCUGUCCUGCUUCUUUACAUUUUUUUUCCUUUUCAGUUCUGUUGCUGUCUUCUGUUUGUUGUUGAACACCGUAGGGGCAGGGCGGGGGCCUGGGGGGGGGUGAGCGAAGAUGGCAAGCACUUUGGUCCGCAGGCCUCACUUCAGGGGAGUUGAGAAGAGCCAGCACAUAGUUCUGGCUUCCUCUGAUUUCUCAGCACGCUCGUUGCUCUUCAGUCAGACUGAGAUCUGAGUCAAAGUGUUUUUAAAUACCCAUGAUUUCUCCCUGUGUUGCAGCCAGCCCUGAUAAUGCUUGUUAGUACCUGUCACCAGCUCUCCCAAGUGUGCUCCUUCAGCCAAGUUCACAGACCUGUUUGAACAAGACCCUAUAAUGCAGGGAAGUUGCAUGAACACCACAGUGGGGAGAGUCCAGAAUAGCCAGGCCUACCAGUCUCACAGUACCCCCUCUCCCUUGAACAUUCCAUGUAGCCGUAGUGUCCGCCUGUUUGUCCAUCUGCUGAAAUGAGAAAAGAACCAUUCAUGCACUGAUUUAAAACCCAAAAAAAGGAAAAAAAAAAAUAAAAAAGAAAAAAAAAAAACCCUCCCCCCUUUCUAGCUGAACAAAAAUGUGCAGUUAAUACUUGGCGCUUGAAAAUGCAGUAGUGAAUGUGGAACGAGCCUGUCUGUAUAUCUGGUAGCUCUUUCUUGCUUCGUUUUUCCUUACCAGUAUUCUGCCUCACGUUUGCUUCUGUGACGGUUAUAUUGCCUAGCAAGCACUCCUGUGGUUGUGAAAAUAGUAUAGCAAAAAAAAAAAAAAAGAAAAGAAAAAUCCCCGGUUAUUGAUGUACUAGAUUUGUGUAUGUCUUUUAAACAGUUCUAGUUUCCACCUUAACACGGAAUAAUCAGGAAAAGUGUAAAAAUUCAAAAGUGAAAUAAAAAAUUUUAUCAGUUGCCUGUGAA